CUCUCUCAUUUGUAUUUGUAAUUGGAAGCUGCAUCGCACUUUCACAUAUUUCGUUGGUUACCGUGCUUGAUCCGUACAUUUAUGUACCAUAUAUCAUCCUCAUGAUAAUCAACAUUUAACACAGCAACCUCAUUGUAAUUUCUCAACCUCGCUUUUCUUCCUCUUCAUUGCAGAUCUCAUCCAUCUGAGUUCAACAAAAAUGGGAAUCACAGAAGAGAGAGUAGUGGCAGUUAUCAUGGUUGGAGGCCCCACCAAAGGCACUCGAUUCCGUCCAUUAUCAUUCAACGUUCCCAAACCACUCUUCCCAUUAGCUGGACAACCCAUGGUUCAUCACCCCAUCUCUGCUUGUCGAAAAAUUCCCAAUUUGGCCAGGAUUUAUCUCAUUGGUUUCUAUGAAGAACGCGAAUUCGCAUUAUAUGUAUCGUCCAUCUCCAAUGAACUUAAACUCCCUGUUAGGUACUUGAAAGAGGAUAAGCCGCAUGGUUCUGCUGGUGGUCUUUAUAACUUUAAAGAUCUCAUCAUGGAAGAAGAUCCGUCGCAUAUUUUCUUGCUCAAUUGUGAUGUUUGCUGCAGUUUUCCACUGCCACAAAUGCUAGAUGCUCACAAAAAACAUGGUGGCAUGGGAACAAUACUGGUUGUCAAGGUUUCUCCGGAGUCGGCUAGCGAAUUUGGGGAAUUGGUUGCUGAUCCGGUCACCCAUGAACUCUUGCAUUACACAGAGAGACCUGAAACGUUUGUUAGUGACCUUAUAAACUGUGGUGUGUAUAUAUUUACACCAGAUAUCUUUACUGCCAUUGAGGGUGUUUCUUCUCAGUGGAAAGACAGAGCUAACUUAAGGCGUGUCUCCAGCUUUGAAGCAAUGGUGCCAGACACAAGGAAUCAUACGGCCAAUUAUGUCAGAUUGGAUCAAGAUAUCCUCUCACCUCUUGCAGGGAAGAAACAGUUGUAUAUACAUGAAACUUUGGACUUUUGGGAACAAAUCAAAACUCCUGGAAUGUCCAUAAGAUGUUCGGCCUUGUAUCUUUCACAAUUCCGUCACACAGCCCCCCAUCUAUUAGCAAAUGGAGAUGGUAUUAAGAAAGCCUACAUCAGCGGUGAUGUUUAUAUUCAUCCAUCAGCUAAAGUGAAUCCGUCUGCAAAGAUUGGUCCUGGUGUAUCAAUAUCGGCAAAUGCUCGUAUAGGAGCUGGUGCAAGGCUCAUAAAUUGUAUAGUCCUUGAUGAUGUUGAAAUCAAGGAGAAUGCUGUUGUUCUUCAUGCAAUUGUUGGAUGGAAAUCCUCCAUUGGACGAUGGGCACGUGUCCAGGGUCGUGGAGAUUACAAUGCAAAACUCGGCGUCACUAUACUUGGUGAAUCUGUUGCAGUUGAGGAUGAAGUGGUGGUUAUUAAUAGCAUUGUCCUUCCAAACAAGACCUUAAAUGUUGGCGUUCAAGAUGAGAUUAUUUUAUAGAACAAACCCUCUACUCCUACUGUUGGGUUUUCAUUUUCCAUGUAAUGGCCUUUGCCUUUGGUUUAAUAUCUAUUUUAGAAUUCAAAAAACGUGUAUAUUGUUCAUUUUGUCAGUGUUUGUUUGUAUCAAAAUGUUUAUUGUUGCAUUACCACAUUUGUGCUGCUAUUUUAAUACGAAAGAAAUAAAUCAUUUCAAAUAUCA